UUCCUGAGAGUACUAUAUACUCGGAUUCAUUGAAUGGCCCGUCUUUGAAGCCAAUUAUUCUUCCAGUAUGCUUUAAAAUCAAGCAUUUAAUCACUCGGGAAACACUGCAGUUACCAGAUGCAGCGAAUUCCAUACCGUAUUGAAAGGUAAAACAGAGAAGGUGAAAAAUUAACUUUGGAACACAAGGAAACGUUUAACAACGACAAUACUCAUAUUUAGAAUCAGAAUCUAGACAGCGCCGAAGCAAGGAAUGUGCCAUGGAAUCUUGAUUAAAGGGACUGAUCAGUGAGAGAGCAGCAAGUAGCCUGAAAAAGUAUAGAAAGGAAGUUGAAAAAAAAAGGAAAAAGAUGAGUUGAGAUAUUGUGCAAGUGAGUGACCCAAGGACGCUGAGUGCUGAAGAAUAGCUGGGAAUACACAAUACGAACGUGCUGGUGACAAGAAGGAACUAUAUAUAAUAGCCUGGUGUUAUUGUAAGGCCGUUCUAUUUUAUAUCGAGCCUCCAGCUGACAGUAGAAAUGUCAACGACAGCCGGACAUCCCUCUUCCCGAAAUUAACGGAAUUAAUCUCUUCCCAAUGUCACUUUCUCGUUGCAAACGAAAGGCCCCAUUUAUAUUGCUGGUCUGAGGGAGAGAGAGAGAGAGAGAGAGAGAGAGAGAGAAACAUGAAUUCCCUGACAAAAGUAAAUAUUGUCUGUCCACCCGGUAAAGUGAGACACAGUUGGUUCGUCAAGAAAAAGUGUUGUUCGUCAAAAUUUGUAUCCUUCCUGAAAUCCUCUUGGCAAUUACUAUUAUAGUGCGCAUCGCCAUUGCUAACUCCCCCGUAAUUUUACAUACGUUAUGAUGAGCGUAAGUUAAAUAUUCGCUUGGCGCUUGAAAUAUUGAUAUGCACAGGUGGAAGUAAUUCUGUUAUGUUAAUUAUCUUAACAACCGCACCAGCAGCGCAGUCCGGUGAGCAAAUGUGAAAGCUGCUGCCGGCUGAAGCACUUGGGUUUGAGGGCGAAGAGAGGUGAAGUAAAGGUAACAAAGGUAGUGUGUCAGGAAUAAAGGCCGCGGUGAAUGAAAAUGAAUUGAUCAACGGUUGUGAGUGAAGAGGUGCCGCUAAAUAACUUGAAAAUAUCAAUUUCCUACGACAGCGCUGCCAUCAAAUGAAUGUCAGUUAAGCUGAAUAAAAGCGAUAAUGCGUAAAUUACAUUUUCAUUUUUCCUUCCCCACGGGCCUUAUGGCGGCGCUGAUACACCAGCUGUUGGCCUCAGUAUGCUUCGUUUACCUGACUUUCCAACAUCAGUCGAUCGUCAAAGCUCAGUUCUCGCCGCCCCUUUUCUCUUGUUUUAUUGUCAUGAGCUGAAAGAAAAAACUCGACGGACUGAUGUGAUUCAUCUGAAUUUCAAAUAAUGCUUCCCAUUGCGUCGUUCCCCCCAUGCAUUUGGUGGCGGUGAAAAGGGGACUUGCUUGUGUUGCAUCGCUUAUUUGCUUGAAAGCAGUGUGGGUUUAGUUCGCAUCGUUUGGGAACAUUCUUUUGGGGCCUGAUUUCUGCAGGAAAUCUUUGUGCUGACAUUUCUGUAAACGGACUUGAUUCAUUUGAUUAUUAUUUUGCGCACAUUUCUUUUUAACAGCUGUGAAGAACCACCUUUUAAGUUACAGAUUCGUGAGAAGGCUACAUGUCAGGAGGGGCUGGCAUGCCCCCUGGGUCCCCUCUGUCCAAAAGGCGGAUUGGGCCAUGCCCUCCGCCGUUCAUCAUCAGUGGGGCCCCAGAUAUGAGCCGCUCGUUUGCCUCUGUCGAUGCUCUUUGUAGUCCAUCGACACUCGACUCUUUCCUCACUGGAUCGUCUCCUUUAGCUCUCUCUCAGUCCAAGAGCUGGGGCGACCUCUUGGGGCCUCACAAGGAUGGGAGACAUCCAGGAGAGCAGGAGUGUUCCAGGUACUUUCUUGUGGGAAAAUCUGUCAGUGGCACGAGCGAUAGUGAAUAUAACAGUGAUGGCUCUCUCAGUAGUUCCGCUAAUGAAAAGGAUACCCACAGACAGAGCAGUAGCAGUCUCAUUGCCAAGUAUUUCAGUAUUCCGAGAAGUUUGUCGUUUCUUAACAAGGAAACGGAGGAAGGAGGCUCAAAGGAGAAGUGCAGUCCAGCAGUUGAGUCUGUGGAACUGGGCCUUUUGUCGGACCAGCCAAAUGUCCAUUUGGCAAGGGACGGCAAUCUGUCUCAUUAUGGAACCAUAGCAGGUCUAGUCCUGGGGCCCAAAGAGCCUCCAAAUGGUCUGAAAGUUGACAGACAAGCUUCCAACUCUUUAUGGAAGCCAUUUUUAGACUCGUCGAUGCGUCAGCGUUCCAUACCUCUGAUUAUCCCUGAGGGCCUGACGUCCCCUAAACACUUCCUGAGGAAAGGUGGGAAGGAGAAUUCUAGAUGUAGCCUCAAUAUUCCCAAUGGGGGCAAAUCCUUCUUCUCAACGAGAUGUAGACAGGACUCUAGGGGACAACUAGUAGGCCUGAGAAGUCGCCAGGGGUCAGCUCAAGGUCUGUCCCAUUUGAGGGUUCCUGCCAAUACAAAGGGCACUGAUAGUAGGAAAGGAUCCUUCUUGUCAGCUGUCAAUACGUCGAUUUUUGAUAAGAUCUCAUUAGCUUCUUGGAAAUCUUCUAUGGUCGACGAUAGCAAGUCCAUCUCGAGAUCUGGAGAAGUCAAAAAUAAAAUCAUUCAAAACUUCAACACUGUCUUGUCCUUAGGAGCCGAUGUCCUACCAGAAUACAAGCUCCAGUCUCCAAGGAUACACAAGUGGACAAUCCUCCAUUAUUCUCCCUUCAAAGCGGUCUGGGAUUGGAUCAUCUUACUGCUGGUCAUAUACACGGCUGUCUUCACUCCUUACGUGGCUGCUUUCCUUCUCAAUGAGCAGGAGAAAGCCAGGAAGAAUCAUGAUCAAUACGACAGUCCUAUUGUUUACAUUGAUCUAAUAGUUGACAUCAUGUUCAUGGUGGACAUCGUCAUCAACUUCCGAACGACCUACGUCAACCACAACGACGAGGUAGUUUCGCACCCCGGCAAGAUCGCCCUCCACUACCUCCGCGGGUGGUUCCUCAUCGACGUCGUCGCCGCCAUUCCCUUCGACCUCCUCCUCGUCACCGACUCUGAGCCUCACGCUACUGCUUCAACAGAAAGAGAUUUAGAGCAGGAGGCAGACGAAGAAAAGACGACAACCCUCAUCGGCCUACUGAAGACAGCCAGGCUCUUACGUUUGGUAAGAGUAGCCAGAAAAAUCGACAGAUAUUCUGAAUAUGGCGCAGCCGUCCUGUUACUCCUUAUGGCCACAUUCGCUCUCAUUGCACAUUGGCUCGCCUGCAUCUGGUACGCGAUUGGUAAUGCAGAGCGGCCUGGCCUUCCUCACAAGAUUGGUUGGUUAGAUCAUUUAGCCAACGCAACUCAUCAAUAUUAUUAUAGUAACAAUACGGGAGGACCGUCACUGAGGGCGAAAUACGUGACAGCACUCUACUUCACAUUUAGUAGUCUCACUUCUGUUGGUUUCGGUAAUGUGGCGCCGAACACAGAUGCUGAAAAGAUAUUCACCAUUUUGGUCAUGCUCAUUGGCUCUCUCAUGUAUGCCAGUAUCUUCGGUAAUGUAUCGGCAAUUAUUCAAAGGUUAUAUGCUGGUACUGCGAGAUACCACACACAGUUAAUGAGAGUGAAAGAAUUUAUUCGAUUCCACCAAAUUCCAAAUCCAUUGAGACAGCGCCUUGAAGAAUAUUUUCAGCACGCCUGGUCUUAUACCAAUGGUAUAGACAUGGGAGCUGUGAUGAAUAUGUAUCCUGAGUGUAUUCAAGCCGACAUUAGCCUCCACCUCAACCGUAACUUAUUUGAAGCUUGUCCGUCCUUCGAAGGAGCAAAGCCCGGGUGCUUGAGGGCACUUAGUAUGAAGUUCAAAACAACACAUGCGCCUCCAGGAGACACUCUGGUGCACAAGGGGGAUGUCCUCACCUCCAUGUACUUCAUCUCCAGAGGUUCCAUCGAGAUACUUAAGGAUGAUGUAGUGAUGGCCAUCCUAGGUAAAGAUGAUAUCUUUGGAGAAAACCCUUGUAUAUAUCCCACCGUUGGGAAGUCGUCGUGCAAUGUCCGUGCCCUUACUUACUGUGAUCUUCAUCGGAUAAUGAGAGAUGAUAUUUUAGAUGUACUUGACUUAUAUCCUGAGUUUGCUGAGGACUUUUCUCGCAAUCUAGAAAUUACGUUCAAUUUGAGAGACGAGGAAGUAGUUGGUGUUGACCCAACGAUACUGCACAAAAAAUACAUGCUUGGCAGAGAGAGAAGUAACUCCCAGGAGACAGAUGACAUCAGAAAGUCUGUCCUGAGACCGCCUAGAGUGCGUCGUAGACGUUAUCAGAGACCGGGUUCAAGUGGUGAUGAGAGUGAUUCUCUCGAAGCUGAACAAUAUCACUCCAGUUCUGAAGUCUUGCACGAAGAGGAGGAAAAACAGCCAGUGUUAGGAGGUGGCAUUCUAGAAUGUUCUCCAGAGAAAGCUGGUCAAGACGUCACUCCUUUAAACCUCAAUUUUGAGCAAAAACAACGAUCUGGUACCCUCAAUUCCAUAACAGGGGUCCUUACCCAGCUCAAACGUAGCUUUACGGACCUCCGUCUACAUAGAGUGGAGGGUAAAGUCCAUAGGUCGGAGAGUAGACAUGGAGCCCUUUCGAGUAUGACCUCAGCGUUGGGUGUUGGAGGACGAGAGUCAAGGUCCACGUCCAGGUGUUCCUCUCCGGGGCCCCAUGGUAAAGAGGACGCCCCACUCCUCUUGAACGCCGCCCCUAUUGCAGGAAGUGCCAGUCCAGAGAGACGGGUCCAUCAUACCCGGCAAUCAAGUCUCACUUUACCUGUUGAAGGACCUCCCUCUACGUCGCACUUUUAUGCCCGUGAUGUCGUAGAAGUUAAUAGCCGCAUUGAUGCCCUUUCCAGACAAAUGCAGAAUCUAGAAGCACGUGUGACGACAGAUAUUGCUCAGAUAUUGAAUCUCUUGCAACAACAGCAUCAACAACAAACCUCAGUUUCACCGUCCCAAAUGGACUUUGAUCAGAGUCCUGAACGUCGUCGAGGGGGAACAUCGACCAACUCUUUAAGAGGGGGGAAUGGUAGAGAUGGUAGAGUAUUCAGAAGAGCUGCUUCUUUACACGAUGAGCCCCCACACUAUUCAAGACAUCAUUACAGAUCCCUUGAGAUUACACGUCCACAAGUUGAAGACUUGCUUGGAGAGACAACGACACAACAAGGGCUUGACUUCCGGGAAGGCAGUGGUACUAUUUGUGGUGGUAGUGGUCCAGGUAGGGGAGGAAUGGGUGUCGCUUCAAGACACUGUCCUUCGAUGCCUCUCACUCCUGACCUUGAUUCAGAGUCCAUAAGGCCAUCGCCUCCUCGUAGUCAAUCCCAGCCUUCGGACCUCACACAGGCUCGAUGGCGACGCAAGUGCCGUUCACCCCUUCAAGGUUCUGCUCUUGAUCCAUGGGCACCCCGCCGUGAGGACUCCAGAGGUUCAGAGCCUGAAUCCUGGGGAGACUUCCGAUCUCUCACCGAAGCGCCCAUCGCUAGACUAGAGUCCCUCGACGAAAUGGAAUCGUUGUCUGAACGAUCACGGGAAACUAGUCCUCGAACCAGUGUGGUCAAGGUGUCAGAAGCCUCAAAGACAGAGUCCGACGUGUGAGAGAGAAACCAUCCAAAAUCAACAAUCAGAAAUGCUUCUUUUUGUGGCCUGGAUGGCGUCAACAGUAAUAUCUAUGAUUGAAAGUCAAUCAUAUAUAAAUAUAUACUUGCUAGUAUUCACUAGCUUCUUUCAGCUAACUAGAUUCUUUAGUCAAAGUUAUGAACUAGUUGUUUCAUUCUCUACAGGAUGUACGGAGCUACACAAAUGUGAGAAUUACAAGUCUGACUUUUAAAAUAAUGUUUGGAAGAAACUCUUUUAAGAUCACAUUAUACUUUCAUACAAACUGCUAGUUCAGUGGUUAAGACCUAAAAGUGAACUCACAAAAGGAAAAGAGAAAACUAAUGGGAUCAGCUCAUAAAUAGUACGUGUGUGGGCGUAAGAACAAGUAUUCUUUUUUAUUUACUUACAUCUAGUAUGUGAACCUUGAUGAAAAUCCGGGUCUCAUGGGGACUUCUCAAAGAAUAAUGGCCCUAGAAUGUAUAUCACUGUUGCAGAUGUGUGUGCUGAUAGAUUCUAGGUUUUUGGGCACGUAUGAAGGUUUCUUUUUUUAUUACUGUAAUCAUCAUUACUAUCAUCACCAGCAUUAUUGUUACCGAAUCGGCAUUGCAAGCUCUGUAAGGCUUGAUUUGAUAUGGACUUCACUCAAUCCAGUAACCCAUUCAAAUAUUGAAAAGAAUAUGUCACGUGCUCUGUGAGGAACAUUCAGAGAAAAAAAGGAAAAUCAAGAAUUCUCUUACAGCACGUAAAAGUAACGGUAAAAGAAAUGGUGCAACUGUGUUUGCCGACUGUAAUUUUUUCCUUGUUUUGUUUCUGCAACGUCCAGGGAAUGAUGGUAAUUAAUUAUUAAGAUUAAGAUUUUCUGUGAUGACUCUAGUUUGAAGAGUAUAGAGAGCAUAUUCAUGAUGAUAAAGAAGUUACUUGUUAGAUCGCUACCCAAAACUUAGAUAUUAUGAAAGGUAUUGUCCCUUACUCUAAAUUUAUUCUGAAAGUAAUAAUGCUUAUCCUUUAUGACACUGAGUUUGUAUGACUGUGAGAGUCAGUGAGCGUGUGGUAGUAAUCAUAAUAUUCUGUAAACUAUUUCUCAUUGAUCAAUUUGUACAUGUAAACAUAUACUAUCUGCCAUUUUGAGUUUAGCCUAAGGGCUGUCUGUAUCUUAUAUACUAGCUAAAUCAUUGGGUUGUGAUUUGCAAGAACUCAGGCUUUAUUCCAAUCUCUUGCAUAUGCCUCUCAUAACUCUGUGAGUAAAUAUGUUUAAUACACCUUAAGGUUAAAUGACUUUUUCUCAUAAUGGUUAAGUAUUUGUAGUUAUGAUAACUGUUGAAAAUGAUAGAAUCUCCAGUAAUAUAUUAUGCAUAUAUAUUUAGUAAACAAAAAGCAAGAAAUAGCAGCCAUUACUCAAUACCCCCAACAUCUUCAUCAUCCAAGUGGAACAGAGAGUGGAAGAAAGUUUUUUUGAUUAUCUGUAAAAUCUUUGGUAGUUGUGUUUUCUAUGUUUAUCUGUUGCCUCACUCUGCCGAUAGCUCUGAAAUAAACAUAAACAGCACAAAUGGAUCAAUUGAAAUGCCUUAACUAAAAAAAGUAGUUUGUUUCCCUUGAUAGUUCUCUGACGAUGAAGAUGUUGUAUUAACACUAAUGAAAUUCACUUCUCUCUAACUGAGGUAUCAUCACCACUCUCUGAAACACUGUGUGGUUAUACAUAAGAGGUUAAGAUCUUAUCAACGUUAGCCAGCAAUUACUUUAAGGCUUUGAUCAAAGCAAAGAUCUGGUUUUUUUUUAAAGAAACAUUUACCGUUUACUUCAAGGCUUUGAUCAAAGCAAUGAUCUGUCUUUUAAAGAAAAUAAUAUUUAUUUCAUUGUUGCUACUCAUCACUACUUAUAAGAGGCAAAGGUUUGAAAUGGUUGUGAAUAGAUUUUACCUUCAGUGCAAAGAUGCCAGUUCGUCAUUGUGAUAGAUUGUGAUCAUCUUCAAAGUACUAGUGUUGGAUGCAUAAGAUCAUUCUUUCCAUUUAAUAUCGUUGUAAGACAAGAAUAUCAAAAAAAAUAAUUUCUGGUGGAAAUUUUGUCAUCACCAUCCCUGAAAAUAUGUGGAAAAAGAUUAGCUAUUUCAAAACAAAAAUAUAUUUUACCACAGGUACUACAUAUAUGAAAUCAGCAGUAUGCCGCAGGAUAUAUACUGUAUAGCGGUUUUGCUUGUCCCAAAAUUUAUAUCCAAAAUAAUAAAAUGUAGUAAAUAGUUUCAAAAUUGUACAAAAUGCAGUUGAAAACAUUAUUUACAAGCACCCGGUGUCACAUGACAAUACAUCUUGCAGAGGCACAAGUGUCCUAAUAACUUUUUCAAGACCUUCAGGCAAUGAUCAACAUAUCCACUGAGGAGGAGUAGGAGGAGCAGCAGCCUCUCCGAUACUUCUGUCUGUUUGCCAGGUCAAGGGACUAGAUCCGGCGUGGAAUGUUUUGCAUGAGUGAAGUUAAGUUGUUUGAUGAUAGACUUGCUGUUCACUUUCAAUAGUAGUCAGGCCAUGUGCAACACUUGUUUCGCAUUUUUUUUCCGUAGAAAUUCUUCCGUUUGGAAAUUUGAGAGCGAAAGAUCAAGGCCUUGUGUCCUGUAUGAAGUUAGCCAUGCAAGGCUUCUUUGAGUAUUAUUGCGCCUGAAUUUAUCAAAAGUAAAGGUGAGGUUUCUACAAUUAAAUUUGUUUCACAAGAGAGAUUUAGCAUAAUUGCAGAAUGCAUAAAUGUAAUUUAUAAUAAGAUCAUGACUUGAUAAAGCCUAGGCUGAAAAAGAACUGUUUUUUACUGCAAAGAACUAAUUAUGCAAUUAGCAAAUGUUUAAAAAAAAUUAAAUUACAAAAUAAACACAAAAACCUCUUUAGCAAUAACUGUCCAAUGAUUGGUUUUCAAUUUCUAAUGUUCUGAUGAACAUUUCCAUGCAAAACUUCAAUAAGUAGAUUUAGGAUAUUAUAGACACUUUCUUAGGAAGAUGCAAAUACACACCAGAUUGUAUCAACAAGCCCACAUACUCUAUAUCCACACAAUAAUGCAAUGCUGAAGCAUCCAAAUGCUAUAUCUGAAAAAGCUUUUCAGUUGAAUAUAGAAAAUGGAGUAUUCAAAUAUGCUGCAUCAGAAGUAAACAUUGUCAAUGUUAUUUACUGCAGUCUCAAGGGAUAGCACUGUUGUUAUUUUUAUUAUUAUUGAAAUAAUGUAAGCAAUACGAAGGAAUCUGAUGCACAUCUAAAAAGUAUUUGGAUAAAACAGAGCAUUUCAAAAAUUCCUCUAAUGAUAAUGGUGAUGGAAUUUCAAGCUUAUCAGAGAAAACACAAUGUCAUGUUCCCUUUCAACGAUGGAGCGAUUGCCCUUGAGCCCCUGUGUCAGAGUAUCUGUGCCUUCAGCCUUCCCAUACCUUGUAGGACAGUUGCAGUUUUCCUCUAACCAAUAUGUUAAAUGAGUCCCUUUGACCCUUCCUGACCAAAUCAUGUGUUCUUGCAUUUGUGCAGUCUUUCUCUCUCCUUCCUGUGUGAGUUUUCUUCCAUACAGUUCGUUGUUCCUUCUUUAUUUGCAUGAUACACUGAGAACCGACAAGUCUUUGUGGUAUUGCGUUCAUCCAAGUCUUUCAGCUCCUAUUUGGGUUGUUUGACUCCACCUAGCCUAAGACUUGUACUGUUACAAGUCUUUUACUUUGUUCUCUUUCCUUGUAUUUGUACCAAUAUUUUAUUUUUAUUCUUUCCCCUGAAAUUUAUACUGUUGCUUAAUCCUUUUUGAUAUCAUCAUAUAAGCACAUCUAUUUCCCUUUAUAAGAAGAUGAAAGAAAAAUUUUAUACCUCAACAAUUGCAACCAGUGAAUGUUUUGCAAAGAAGUAAAUAUCACAACUGGUUGUUUUAUAUCCAACCGCAGUAUUUAUCAAAAUAUUUUAUGUAAACGCUUACUUUUUUACAUUUCAAAUGCCUUUCUAAACCAGCUAAACAGCUCGUUUUAGAAACUGUUGUGAUUAUUUCAGGUUUAGUAUAACAUUCAAAAUAGUGGCAGUAAUAUACCAUUGCUGCAACAUACAUUCAUCGGUUUAUUCUCGUGGUGAUCAUCCUUGCUUUCUUCUCUAUACAGAGUACAAUUCCCAUUUUAGGUCACAUCCCUCCCAUUAAUGGUUUGCUUUUGAUCUCCUAUAUAACCUUUUCAUUCUGUGUAUUGUUUCCAUACAUUCAACUAAAAUUAUGAAGUAAUAAAUUGCAAAAAUAUUUACUUCGUGAAAAAAUGUCCUGUUGCUUACUCAUUCAACUAUAUCUCUGCCUGAUCAUACUUCCUGUAGUCAGAACCUCCUCCCGUCCUUCUAGUCCCCCUUGAUGACCCAUUGAUAAUCUAAAGCUGUCACUGACUGCUGCUUCUUUAUAUCAACUUUAUUUCCCCAGCUCUGUUUCUUACUUGACCACACCUUAGACUUCACUUACCAUACCCCUGGUUGCCUUGGGCCAACUUUGGUCCUGUAUAUAACUUACACGUGACCCCCAGGUUGUGACAGACUUGGGUCACCUGUUUGCCCUUGUCCUAACAAGAUAAGACGUACCUGUCCCCGCUAACUGCAUAGAUAUUGUCAAAUGUUUAUACUAUACACAUUGAACUGUCAGUGGUGCACUAGCAGUGUUAGGAGAAUAUGGCAGUUUUGUACAUAACUGUAUAUAUAUUAUAGCCCAGAAAGGUGCUUCUUAAGAAUUGUGCUCCAAGCACAAGAUGGUCUUACUUAGGAGUCACAACGAGAAAGGAGGCGGUGCCCCAGGGGAUGAGACCUUAAUAAUUCAUCACUGUCACUACUUUGCAACAUGUCCUCAUGUUUUAAUUCAUCCUUAUUGUUUAGGCUUAUAAUCUUAUAUAUUAUAGAAUGAAACAUAGGCACUGUUUUAAAUUAUUGCAAUUAUACUAAGGUAAAAUUUCAUUACUAUAAUCUAAAGGUAAAAGUCGAUCUUACAUCGAUAAAGACCAAACUUCAACCCAGCAUAAUGAAAGAAAUACGUAUCUGAUCACUCCACAGUUGUGAUGCUUAGAUGCAGCGACUGUAGUUGAUUUCAUUUUUUGCUUUCAAACUUGGUUGUGAGAAAAUACACAAACAUAUAUGGGAAAUUUUUAUGGGACCAUUAUAGUUUUAUCCUUGUUCAGUAAAAGAUGUAACUCAGAUAUGCUAUUCAACAUUAAUAAUACAUACCUAGGUCAUGUCUUUAGAGUAUAUGUGAUAUAUAUAAUUAUCAUGAGUAUUUUUGUCAAGUAUCUUAAGUGUGGAGUGGUCAGCAGAUGCAUCAGUUGACUUUGAAAUCUGUCCAACUACCCUUCUAUUGUACUCGACUCGGAAAGUCUUUGUUAAGAGAUGAAGAUAUAAAGAUGAACUGCAGCAAGUCAUCCCUUUGGCAGAUUCACGUAAACUGCAAAAAGCAUCUUCUUGAGUGACCCAAGAUUUGAUUAGAUAAUAAUUCACAGAACAUCUCCAAUGUCAAAAUACAAGAUCUCUUCAUUCUAACACUUAGCCCAUGACAUGCUGGGUUUCUCUCUCUGGAAAGGUCGAAAAUCAACCUAGAAUGUGCUAUGCUUAUUCUAGCCCUAAUAGCUCAUUAUAUUAUAUUACGUAGAUAUAUACUCAAGUAGCCUUAUCACAUUUAAAUCUAAAAUAAGCUUCUUAUCGCUUUGCUUAUCAUUAAACAUAUGGUAAUAUUCGACUGAUGAAGAUGAACACUAUAGAAACUCAGGUGAUUUUGAAAGGUUUGGCUCCAUUACCAGCCUCCUUGUUUGAAUCGCACCAAUCUGGCCUCAAGGACAUUUGAGAUUUUUGUAGACACUAGCAGCUGAAGGCAAAACUCAGCAACAUCUGUCAAAAGAAGUCUCCGCUCUGCAUUGCAUGCACAUUGUAAUCACCUGGAGCGUUCUUUUUCUAGCUUUCCAUUCUAAUUUUGUCGCCAUCUCCCAGUGUCUACAGAUAAAGAGACUUAAAGGAACCAUGGGACAUCUUCCUAUUCAUUUCCACACAGUUUCCCAAGAUCACUUCCUUAGUGUAGCCCUGAAAGUCAAACCAUUUCAAAGGAACUUCAGCUCUGCGAUAGGAUAGAAUGUAUUAGGGAGGUUGUCUUGGGAAGUUCGUGAAGGACUUUAGGGGAAUUUCCUAAACAGAGCCAGUAAAGGACUCCUAAGGAGGCUUCCCACCUUGCUUCAAUGUUCCAUACCCAACCUUAUCUCUCUCUCAUUUUUUACAGAUCCUCUUCUCCUUGAUGAUAUGUUGUUUUGUACAAAUGUGAUAACUCACCAUUGUGAUUUCAUAUCCACAGUAAACACACAUUCCCUAGCUCGCAUGUGACAGUUCUCAGAAGAAGGAAACCUUUAGCCCCCAAUGGAAGCUGUCGGUGACCCUAAUGGGAUGGACCAUCCGCUGAUUUGUUCCAUAUAAUAUAAUAUUUUUGGUGUGGCUCCAUACCCAUCAAAGGAGAGACUGCCACUCAUGUUAUGCUUUUUGCUCCUUAAUUUGAUUGUGCUGUACAUGCUUGACAGAUAGUCUGAUUAUGUUACUGUAAUUCAUUUUUACAGAAGUCCGUUUGAAUGUACUAUAUUUAAUGAAAAAAGCAUCAUGUUUUUCAACAAAGGGAGAAAACCUAGAAAUAAAUCCUGUUUGAUAUAAAGAGAUAAUGACAAAUAUAUCCAAUGCAAAACCACGCUGUUAAUAACAUUUUCAUUGGAUAUAUUGCUUUAUUGUUUCACGAGUCUGUUGAUUUAUUCAAGGUUGUUGCAGGUACCACAACUAAAGUAUUGUGGACUUUUGCCUAUAUUAUUACCUUUAUCCCCAAACCACCUUCACCUACCCUGGACAUUUUCUUCUUUUCAUUCAGCGAGUUCCAUACAGCAUAAACCUAAAAAGGCAUAUGUCUCCAUGAUAUGUCAUUGCUUCACUUCAGCCUGUGAAAACCACCAAACACAAUAAACAGCUGAAGCAGUUUUCUUUAGGCCUUCGGUGGCACUGGAGAACAGUUCAGAUGACAAGCAUUUCAGACAAGUGUCUUCUCAGGUACAGCUUGGUAUAUUCUUUUCUUUUGGUCAGUUUUCCGUUAAUUCAUUUCUGCCUUGUUGAUAAAAGGACACUGAAUUUAUGGUGUCCUUAAAUACAUUUUAAGCUUUAGUAAGUUUCAAGAGAAAAAUGCUUCAUCAUACACUUGCUUUGUAUAACACACUGUAUUUUAUUCAAUCUUGUCCUCCCUAAAACACAAAACUAUAUAAUUCAAUUUUACUCUCAUUGUGCAAACCUUAACAGCUCUACUUUCAUCUACUUCAGUAGUCAUUGAAAGUUAAAGUUAUGUACAAGCAGUAAUGAGUAUAUAUAUGUUUAUAUGUAUAUAUUUAUAUAUGUUUUUUUUCUAAAAACACACACAUAUUUGUGUACGUAUAUACAUAUACUGUAUGUAUACAUAUAUAGAUAUAUAUAUACUGCAUGUAUAUAUACAUAUAUAUUGUAUAUAAUUUCAUAUAUAUUAAACUUUAAACUGCUUUCACAUAAAAAUACAUAUUUUUCAUAAGUAUUUAGUUUGUUUUAAGUCUGGUUCUUUGAUUUUAUGCACUUUAUUUGAAUAGUAUAUAUAAAAAAUAUUGUAACGUAGUUAUUUAUGUUGAUAUUGUUGAUAAUAUUGUAUUUUCAUGCCAUUGUUAUGUGGAUAUUGUUACAGAUGUCUUUUAGAUUCUGUAUAUCAUUUCUAUCUUUACCUAUUUAAUGUAUCAUAAUGACUUUGCAUCUACUCCUUUUUACUGUAGUGAUAACUUCAUCGCAACAUGUUUCUGUUAGUAUGAUUUGGUUAGCAUUACUAUCAUUUUACUGUUAUUGCAAGUGUCAAGAAUAAUGGUUUUUAUUCCUAUUAUUAUUCAACAUUUUUGUAAAUAGUUGACACCUCUGUCAAACUCAUAUGAUUACAAUUUGUUCAGUUUCCAUCACUUGAAUUGAGUUGUUUCUCUGUCAUUAGCCUGGGUUCCUUGUUUCAUUUUCGUGACUUUCCGUCCCCUGCUCUAACUACUGAUAACAUUUUUACCAUUUUGUUAUCAUUUCAUUCUCUCAUCAGUGCACUGAAUUCAUACGAGGGUAUUUCAUGAUAGGUAAAUGUUUCUCUGUCACUGUACUAUUUGCGAUGGAAAAAGAAAUCUGCUGCCUUUUCACAAAACCACUUCAGCUGCAUGAACAGACACCAAUUUUUGUGCAUUCAAAAGCAAUGAAUUGAUAAGUCGAGUCGUGUGUCAAUUCGAAAUGGAAUGAGAAACUUGUACCUGAGACAUGAUGACCCUCCCUCAUUUUAUGACAUUCACUUGUUCAUCCUCACCCACUUGUUGCAUCAUGUCCUGAUCACCCUUGUCAACAUUAACUUAAAAACACAUUGCUCUUUGAUCUUCCUCCUCUGGACCUGUUAUCCAUUAGCCCUGUUUAUUUUGAUCUCUCCUUCACCACAUGCCACCUUGCUCAAUAAGGCGUUGGCUGCCAGGGUGGCUGCCACACACCUGCCCCACCCCACCCCCUCCCCUCCCCUCCCCUCCCGUCUCACCUGAUUUUUUUCCUCGAAGUGGAAAGAAAGAAACUUUUUAACCACAACUAGUUAUGAAAUUGUUUUUCUCUCGUAAUGCAUCACCAAAGGCUAGUCUUUGCCCAUACAUUUAUAUAAGACAGCAUAAGGUACCUUGUAUAUGCAAAUGUACUUUCUGAUUAUAUUUUCUCAUAAAAACAUGGACAAGAUUUCAUUCAUCGGGUGGGUGAACGUUGGCACACGUGACUCGGCUCAGUCGCGCCGAAUGGAGACAAGUUCUAAAAUGGUUAGCUACUGGCCCUUGGUCAACUACUAGUCAUACCAUGAAUACCAUAUGUUGGUUUUGCUCAAAAUUAUUAUGAAAUAACCCUAAGAUACAUAACAGGUAUCAGAAUUUUUACAUGAAAACCACUUUUUUUUCUUCUAUAUAUAAUUAUAUAUUAUAUAUAAUAUAUAUAUAAUAUAUAAUAUAUAUAUAUUCUAAAUAUAUUCAUAAGUAUUUAAUUGGAUACUUUUCAAAACUCAAGCUUUAUGAAACCAUACACUGAAGCUGAAACUUGAAUGCUGUAGUACUGAGACAUAAUUUAUGAUAAUGGGUACAUCAGUAGCAGAAUUUGCAGUGGAAAUAAAAUCUUAGAAGCAUACCUAGUUGUUGACCCAAUUAUCAUUAUAGUUGACCCUGUUCUCCUAGUGCCGAUAUGCCAUGCUGAUAUCAUCAUAUACCGUUGUUACUGUAUUGAUUGCGAUUAUUUCAAAAGGUAAAGUUGUUAUUUUCACGUGUUUAUUUCAUUUAUAACGAUUAUUGAAUGUUAUUUUGGUGGAAGAGCGACUUCACAUUAAAUAUCGAAAAUAUAAA